AUGAGAAGUUCAUCGCCCCCCUCCAGCAAUUGCUCGGGUGAUAAGCCAUGUUGUGCACGAACAAUACUGCCGCAUCCGGCUUUCGGGAUGUGUCUUCAGCAGUUGGAAGAGGUGGCUCACUGGGAGUUGGACCGUUUCAAAGGUUUUGCAGCGCGGAGCCAGCCGUGUGUGCUGCGCGGUAUUGCUGCUGACUGGCCCAUGGUGGUCCAGGGGCGGUUCCAGGACAAAGUGCAAUUGCUUCGACGACGUCUGGGGAACAGAAGGCUGGUCAGUUUUGAUCCGACGGCGUCCUUCUUCAACUACGAGAUCCCCCGAAGCUUCCAGACGAAGCACCGCUCCGUCCGCGAGCCUCCGGGAGCUGAAGCGCCCAGAUUGAUCAAUCCGGGGCGGUUGGAGAUGAAGUUCGGGGACUUCCUGAGCGCUGCGGAGCUGAAGCAUGGAGUGGUCGGGCCAACCGAGUCGGCGGCUCGUGUUGUGAGCAUGCCUUAUGAUGCUGACGAUGCGGACGCUGACCGUGACUUCGAGGCAUUGCAUGACGUACUCUACGUGCCGCUGAGCGAGCUGCAGCAACUGUCGCUGUACUGCGUGGAUGAUGCAGCUGACUGGCCGGACGAUUUGUUGCAGGAGUUCGUGCAUGGAGAUCUGACAACUAAGCUCGACAUGCCUGACUGGCAGCCGUUUCUACGAGAGCGCCGUUUGUGGAUGUGCGCAGGAGGCCCAGAGGGCACUCGUCACCUCACAGCGGGCUUCCACUGGGAUCACCUUCAGAACCUCCAUGCCGUCAUCAGCGGCAAGAAGGAGGUGUUUCUCGUAGCUCCUCUGCAAGCUCCAGCCUUGUAUGGAACGCGCUUCGCCAGACAAGCCCAGUGGAACAUGUCGACCUCGGAACAUGGAAGGAUCUUGCUGGAAAAGUGCGACAUGCAGUCGAUCGAGUCCACGUCUGAUUACACGCUCGUUUCCAUUGACCGGCUCUUCGAAGAGAACAGCUUGACACAUCCGGCCAUGGUGGAGGAAAUGAAGGAACCGGUCGCUCGAGCUAUGCUGUACCCUGGAGAUGCCAUCUACAUCCCACCGGGUUGGUGGCAUUCCGUGCGCACUUGGCAGCCGCAGGCGCCAGAAGCCCUACCCUUCUCUAUGAGUGUGAAUUUCUGGUACGCCUUGACCCCUGAGGCAGCAGCUGCACAGCGAUCCGUUCUUUUGACGUUGGAAGUGCUCUCCUGCCAGCACGCUUUGGCCGGACUUCCCGAGGAGCAUAUCAGCAAGCUCCUCAAGCCUGGACGCCCGCUCGUGUACGACCAUACCGCCACCGCUGCCGAUGUACCUACGACUACUUCGGUAGGGUCUGUUUUGGAUCCAUCUGGAGGAAGUUUCAGCAGGGACUUCAGCAACAUGGGCUCGACAAGCAGCAUCUUUCCGGAACGAGGUGCUGCCCCUUUCUCUGAUGAGGCAUGGCAAUUGCCAGAACUCGUGUCCAGGCGCCCAUUGGGCGGAGCUAGAAUGGGAAUUCACACAGGCUUAGCUAUUGCAUACAAGGGCUGUGCAGCUUACGGCUGUACAAAGCUUGCGCACUUCGACCUUGAGUCGUUCCACGAGAUGAAAAGGCUACGCCUCAUUCUUCAGCCAAGAUGCCACACGUCGACGAAUGAAGAAUUGAAAAGCCCAAUGUAUUCUCACAACUUUGCAGCCUGCCUGUCUGCACCACCUAUGCUGUCAAUUCACGUGUACUCGAGCUGA